UGCAUCGUACGGAAGAACCGAACGUUACAUUAUUCCGGAUGCCAACCGUGCGGGAGAUGUUGGUAUGGAGGAAAAGCUGCGAGUCGAGGGAAACGCGGGAUGCGGCUGCUGCUUUCAACUGCAGAAUUUAUUUAUUGAUUUGAGACCCCAAAUGUAACGGAUAUACCGUUUGGCUUCCCCUUGCUCUUCCUUCCUCCCCGCCGUCUCCCCCUUUCUCUCUCUCUUUUGUUCUGAUAAUCUUCCAAGUUGCAGAGAGAGAGAGAGAGGGAGAGUGGCGGGGGAGAAACUCCUAUGCCCAUCACCAUUGUCAAUCCACGAGCAUUAUCACGUACUCCUUGUCUUAUCAAAACGGAAGGCAUAUCCAUCGCCAAAUGCCCAUUUUCGGAGAGCCACGGCAGGAAUUGAGAUUGUGCUAAUUGGCUCUGGAAGAUUUGAUUCCGAAUUACUUCCAAAUGGGACCACUGUCUUUGGACAAUGUUCGAGGACUUGUUUUGGCUCUCUCCUCCAGUGUUUUUAUCGGUUCUAGCUUUAUUAUCAAGAAGCAUGGUCUUAUAAAAGCUGGGACUAAUGGAACCAGAGCAGGUUCAGGAGGGUACUCAUACUUACUGGAACCUUGGUGGUGGGCUGGGAUGUUGACAAUGAUUGUGGGUGAGGUAGCCAAUUUUGCUGCUUAUGCAUUUGCUCCAGCAAUUCUUGUAACUCCCCUUGGAGCUCUAAGUAUUAUCUUCAGUGCAGUGCUAGCCCAUUUUAUUUUGAAGGAGAAAUUGCACAUCUUUGGUAUUGUUGGAUGUGUUCUUUGCUUAGUGGGCUCUACCACCAUUGUUUUACAUGCUCCUCAUGAGAGAGUAAUCCACUCUGUUAAGGAAGUUUGGCAUCUAGCUACUGAGCCAGCCUUCCUUGUCUACACUUGCAUAGUGCUGGUUCUUCUUCUGCUCCUCAUUUUCCUUUUUGUGCCACGCUAUGGACAAUCCCAUUUGGUCGUUUACAUUGGAAUUUGCUCCCUAACAGGCUCUCUUACGGUUAUGUGCGUGAAGGCUGUUGGAAUUGCUUUGAAACUGUCAUUUUCAGGAUCAAACCAAUUUACCUACUUUGAAACAUGGUUUUUCACUUUAUUUGUGAUAGUUUGUUGUCUCUUGCAGGUGAACUAUUUGAACAAGGCAUUAGACACAUUUAAUACUGCUGUUGUUUCUCCUGUCUACUAUGUCAUGUUCACAACCCUAACUAUCCUAGCCAGCAUGAUCAUGUUUAAGGAUUGGGACUCUCAGGAUGCAUCACAAAUAGUGACUGAACUGUGUGGUUUUGUGACUAUUCUGGCCGGGACUUUUCUUCUUCACAAGACCAAGGAUAUGGGGAGUGAUUCAACUCCAACCACUCCAAGACCCGUAUUUCAAACAUAUCCGAACUUGAGUCCCAGGCGGGAAGAGGUAUGAAGCAUUUCAUCGACAAUAUUGUCGUUGUAUCAUCUCUAAGAAUCUUUGUGCUGUGUGAGGAAAGUAAAGAUGUGUAAAGGGAAGAAAGAAGAAGAUAAUUAUUUCAUGCAAAUUGCUAUGGUGUAGAGAUGCUGCUGAUGUAUAGGAACACUUUUAUUGACUUGCCUAUACCUUAUCUUUCUUUUUCUUCUUCUAGUUUUUGAUUGUUUACAUGUGAACAUGAUGGCUAAUACCACAGAAGAUGUCACUAAAUUUAACAGAUUCAUAUGUUUCUGGAAGUGUUGGCAUUGCUGUUCAAUCAACCCUUUGGUGAAUACCUCACCCUUUGUGUAUUUUGUGCCAAGACAAGAAGAAGAUAUGAAAAGGUAAGAAUAGACCCAAUUUAGACCUUGCUUUGGGAUAAAAAGGGCUUUACACACUGUUUUUUCCUAAAGAAAAAGAAAAAAAUUAAUCGGAGCACAAGUUGGGAGGCUUCUUACUUCAAUUAGUUCCUAUGUUCCUUAAAUGGAUCUUUCAGUUGUUGACAAAGUUGUCCAAAACCAGUAUAUAAGGCCCACGUGGUAAAACUUACAAAUAUUGGAAGGGUCGUUACUUCAAUUAGUUCCUAUGUUCUUCAUAUGGAUCUCUUAGUUGUUGAGAAUGUUGCCCAAAAGCGAUAUAGAAGAUAACCCAGUAAAACUUACAAGUAAAUUAGAUAUAAUGAUAGUGACUAGGGUUG